AUGCAGAAUUCGAUCCUGGAGUGCCAGAGUUCAAAGGCAUACCAAGACAGCCUGGCACUAUGUAGAAACGACAUGGUGAAGUAUAUGCAGCGCGUCUAUCCGUUGUUGGUGAAGAUACAAAUGGAAGCGGUGGCGAGCUACGGCUUUAGCGGCGACUUUCAGGGGGUCCAGGCGUUCCUGAACGAAAUGGCAGUGCUGGAAAAUGAAGAUCAAGAAAUCAAGAAGCUUAAUGAGGAUAUUCGGCAUUUGAUAAUUCCUCCCCUGCCGGAGUUUCGUUGA